CAAAAACAAAAAGUCAACACAAUUUACGAAUUAGGGCUUUGUGUUGGGGUUUCCAAUUCAUGUAGGGACUCUCUAGAGGGACAUGAGUAAUGCAAAAGUGCAUGCACAGGACAUGCCGUUAGCAUUUGUCAUUUGUGCAUAUUAACACACGCAUUGACACACAUAAACAUACAUAAAGAAUCGCGAAUACUUUUGUUGGAUAUAUAAGAACAGACACUUCUUACGAUAGAAGUAACAGCACCUAGAGUUGAAAGAAUGGCGGACGAGGAAACUGGGCAGACACCUAUGAUUAUCGAAGCCAUCCGGGAACUGGCACAGCGCAAUACUAUGACCGAACAGACAGUAAAAACAACCGUAGACGAACUAGCUGAGCAUAAAGAACUCGUGCAGCAGUUGACUGAGAGAGUUUCUGAAUUGGAAAGGUCACAACACACAACAACGCAAACAGCACCACCCAGAGACAAGAGGCAACGGGAGCCAGUACUAAACGACGAUCAAGGAUCUUCGGCGACUGGCUCGCUUCUCAAGUCCGAGCCAACGAGGAAAAAGCAAAAGACGAGCACACCCAGGGGGGAGAAAGACAAUGACGGCCAGACAUACUUCUCGCUUGGCGGAGAACGUCGGUGCACACUCAAACAAUUCAGGGGGGUCAAGUAUGUAGAUAUUCGCGAGUACUAUAUUGCCGGCGGGGAGGCGAAGCCUGGUAAAAAGGGGAUUUCAUUGAACGCCGACACAUUCCAAAGAUUGCUGCCUUGUAUUGACGCAGCCGCAGAAUUCUUAGGGGUUGCCAAUAGUGAUUAGAUCAUAUGUGGCGAUAUAUCAUUGCAGAAAUCCUACCGAAUAAAUGAAUAUUAUAAUUCCGUCUAAGUCAAAGCUAUGGUCCAUGUGAACGGUUUUCGACAUGAUACUCAGAUCAGCUGACUAUAAACUCGC